AUGGCAGGGGUAGUGCGAUUACGACACAGCGCGGGGGUGGCAUCGCUCCAGGUGCCGUUCGAUGACGACACGUUCACAGUCGCGCAUCUGCAGCGGAAGAUCGCAGAGGUGACAGGCAUCGGCGCUGCCCAGCAACACCUCAAGGCGGGGUACCCUCCGCGCGAUCUGCACCUCGUCGCGGACCUGCCCGUCUCCAGUCUCGGCCUGCGCUCAGGCGACCAGAUCAUCCUCUCAGCCGCUGCACCUCCAGUUCCCGCAGCAUCAAGACCACCGCAAUCCACAUCCGCACCCAGACACCCUGCUCCCGCUCCCGCACCAAGACCACAGGCCGGAGGAGACGGGGGACCGGUGCACGUCGCGACAGCCGAUGGAAGCUUCCUUGUGCACCGCGUGGUCCCAGACGACAACUCCUGCCUCUUCUCCUCCAUCGCCCUCAUCUUCAAUUCUUCCCCUGCUAACAUUAGACAAAUCGUCGCAGAUGCCAUACAGCGAGAUCCGGACACUUACUCCGAGCCCAUCCUUGGCAUGCCCCCCGCCAAGUACACCGCCGCCAUCCUCAGGCCCGCCACCUGGGGCGGCGCCAUCGAGCUCGCCGUCCUCGCCGCCCACUUCGCCACGCGCAUCGACUCCGUCGACGUCGAGACCGGGCGCAUCGAUCGUUUCGAACCCUCCUCGACCACCAACCCCACUGCUUCCAUAACUUCAGCGAGUGGAAAUAGGUGUAUAUUAGUGUACUCGGGUAUACACUACGACGCGGCGACGCUCGCCCCCAUGCCAGACGCGGACCCCGAGUGGCACCAGACGGUGUUUCCUAUCACGUCCGAUGAUGACGCGAGCGACCCCAUCACAGUGGCCGCGAAGCAGCUGGCGGGAAUCCUGCGCGCAAGGAGGCAGUACACGAAUACGGCGACAUUUGAUUUGCGGUGUGAGCAAUGCAACCAGGGCCUCAAAGGCGAGAAGGGCGCGCGCGCGCACGCGGAGCAGACGGGGCACACGCGCUUCGGGGAAUACUAA